AUGGCGUCGGGUACAGCAGCAAUGCGUGACCGUAAGGUAAAACCACAAUGGGAGCGGACUAGGCGUAUUAUGGCUUUGGUGCCUCCUGCAUGCGCCCCUUCUGAUAGUAGCAAUACUUCAGAAGAUGAAGACCAGGUUCCUAAAUUACUAGAACACGUUGAGACGAAUGACUUAUCUGAUUUUAGUUCCGAGCCAAAAUCAAUAGAGUAUUCUUUAGAAAGGUUAAAUAUCCUGGACGAUCUAUCUGAUAAUAGUAACUCCAAUUUCCAACAAAAUCCAGAAUCUCCCAUAUCUCCUUACGAAGAAGAUACAGUCCCAUUGAUUCCACUUAUGAAUGAGAUAUUUAGACCAGGGUCAGAGUUACUACAUACCUUACCUACAUUAAAUUCGCCACUUUUAUCUGCACUUCCGGAAAAUACAAGAUCAAAUAAAAGAAAAGCUAUCAAUAGACCGAAAUUAGUAACAAAAAAGGUAAAAAAAUAUAUCCGCAAACCUCUUAAUUUCAAAUGGACAAAAGGUAAAUUUAAAUAUGCAGGAACUGUUGAAGACCUGUUUCAAUUCAGCACACCUACCGAUACUAAAUCUACUCUUGACUACUUUUAUUCUUUUUUUUCGCAAGAUUAA